AUGGAUUCUCCUGUCGAAGUUUCAAACGAACCGGGCCCUGGAGAUUGUGUCAGAGCAUGUGUGAGUCUAGCACCGGGAGACGAAGAGAAGACAGGCCGUGCCGGAAGGUCCAGGAGCUCGCUGGGUCUACCUUACAUCCAGACAAGAAGCUAUCGCAACCACUCCACAUCUUCUUUACCAUCAUCAACAUCAACAGCAUCCUCGUCAACAUUCGCAAACUCUACCGCUUUGCCUCUCAGCAUAACCAACGUGACCCAUGCCAACAAGAGAGAUAAUCGCAGCCACUCCGAUGACGCUAUCUACUGGGUAAUGAUCUACUCUAACGAUGACUCUAUUGCCCGCCCGGUUAUUAUCUCCCCCAACGGGAUAGCUCUGGCCCAUACAGAUGCCAAAGGAAGUUACAUAUUGAUGGCCGUAUGGGCCGGUCGAAUCCACAAUUUUUCUGUAGAAGCCCGCCAUAUUGGUAGGGUCACGAUGUCUGUUGCCCUGGUCGAUGUUGUUGGUGACAAGAGAAUGCCCCAGGCUAGCUAUGUCCAAGCAGUGGCCGCCUCCCAGUACCCAGUGACGGCAGUACGGGGUGAGAGGAUCGCUGAUCUGGUCUUCAACAUCUCUGCGGCCACCAUCGCCAUCAUCAUCAGCUUCGGCAUCGGCGGGGUCACGGACACGGACAGUCUGAAGCGGCAGAUCAAGUUCCCUGUUCCCUUAAUCAUUGGAUUUUGUUGCCAGUUUAUCAUCAUGCCGGUG